CACACUUCUGGUCUCAGACAGCAAGCCGGCUGCUCCUCUGACACCCAGCAGAGAUUUGAUUCAAGACAAUGGAUCCCUACAACUGCUUGGAGUGCAGUGAGUCCUUGUAUGGACAGAAGUACCUGCUGAAGGAGGACAAUCCGUUCUGCGUUAAGUGCUACGAGAGCCUUUUCUCCCACAACUGUGAAGUUUGCCAGAAGCUCAUUGGCUGCACAAGCAAGGAUCUGUCCUACAAGGAGCGCCACUGGCACGGCGAGUGCUUCCUCUGCAUUAAGUGCAGCCGGUCUCUGGUCGAUCGGCCCUUUGCCACCAAGGAUGAACUGCCGAUGUGCACCGAGUGCUACAGCAACGAGUAUUCUGCCAAGUGCCAUUCAUGUCUGAAGACCAUCAUGCCAGGCUCUAAAAAGAUGGAGCACAAGGGCAGCAGUUGGCACGAGAAUUGCUUCACCUGCAACCGUUGCCAGCAGCCCAUCGGCACCAGGAGCUUCAUCCAGAAGGACGCCAGCAACUACUGCCUGCCCUGCUAUGAGAAGCAGUUUGCUCUGAAGUGCAGCCACUGCAAGAAGCCGAUCAUCUACGGAGGGGUGAACUACCGCGACCAGCCCUGGCACAAGGAGUGCUUCGUCUGCAUUGGAUGUAAGCAGCAGCUGGCCGGCCAGCGGUUCACCUCCCGGGACGACUUUGCCUACUGCCUCGCUUGUUUCUGCAACCUGUUUGCCAAGAAGUGUGCUUACUGCACCACCCCCAUCAGCGGUCUCGGGGGCAGCAAGUACAUCUCGUUCGAGCAGCGCCAGUGGCACAACGACUGCUUCAACUGCAAAAGGUGCUGCAUUUCCCUGGUGGGCCGAGGUUUCCUGACCAGCGACGACGACAUCCUCUGCCCCGACUGCGGCAAAGACAUGUGAGCAAGCUUCCCCCCCGGAGAGCAGAGCAGCAGCCUCCUCGUGCUGCAACAUCUGUAUGAUCGAUCAGUGUCUCACACAUUAAUCUACUUCUGCUGCCAAAGGUGUUGUCUGCAUGCGCUGAUGAUUCUGUGUUUUACAUGAAUGAGCCGAAGCCUUCAUUCCACCAUGUGUUUUAGUUUCUUUGCUGUCCAUCUUUCCUGUGAAGAAUUCAUACAAACUGUACACCUGAUUUUGGAAUGAAGGUAUAUGUGGCAUCAAAAUAAAUGUUUCUGACGGAUAUUUUAGAGCAAAUAAAGCAUGUAAAGUUGAUUUAAUAUAUGUCAUUAUGACCUGAUUGUUACUACUAAUAUUGUUUGUUCUAAUUACAUCAUUUGUGUUUAUAAAACCCAAAUCUAAUAUACAAAAUAAAGAUUUUAAAAAUGAAGCAGAUGUUAUUCUUUGUGAACUAAUAUGUGAAAAACAAAAAAUUAGGUCAGUGUAACCUGAUAAAAUCACUUAACGUUUGCUACCCAAACGCCACGAUGGUAAUUUUAGACCUCACUUUAAAAUAAGUUAGCUUUCAGCUAGUUUGCUUUUGGAGGACAAGUUUUAGUUUCUUUCUACCACAAAUGAAAUAAUUAAUAGUAAAUUAGUCAUUUUUUCAUUCGUGGUGUGACAAAGUCAGGCGCUGGAGCAAUAAAACAAAUAUGGAAAACUGGUGAAAUUGGGUUUUGCUAGUUCUGUUUUUCCAUUUAUAACUCGCUGGAGUCUGCACUUUGUUUCUAUUUCUCAAAAAUUACAUUUUAGUGGUAUCCUUUUGUUCAUGGCGGUGGCGGAGGAAGUAUUUAUCUGAGCAUGUGUUGAUUAUCCUGUGUUUUAUAUAAAUAAGCUGAAGCCUUCAUUCCACAGUAAGAUGUUUUAUUUUUUUCAAUAUGUUUAACUGAAGCAUCACAACUUUCCAGCUAUAAUGUGAAGAAUCUUUCUAACCAGACGAACUGUACACCUCAUUUUGGAAUGAAAGUAUGUGUGGCAUCAAAAUAAAUGUUUCUGACGGAUAUUUUAGAGCAUAUAGAAGCAUGUAAAGUUGGUUUAAUAUAUGUCAUUGUGACCUGAUUGUUACGACUAAUGCUGUAUCUUCUAAUUUGUGUUUAAUAUAAUCUGGAUCUGACAUGCAAAAUAAAGAUUUUUUGACUUGA